AUGGGACGAUUUAAAGGCCUUUUGCGCGACACUUGGUGGCUUUGGAUUCUCUUCGCCAUCAUCUGCGGCUUACUCAUCUACUACGUUAGUGUGGUGUUAGCCGUGAUGAUCCCGGUCCUAUGUUUCUCGUUUGUCUACUUCGCGCUCAUCCGGUAUGACGAACACGGCAAUGCCCGAGAGAUCGGCGGCUGUCUGGUUGGACAGCUCGAUUCGGAAUUCGGAGACAGGGGAGAUUUGCUCGUGCGAUGUACGAUUUUGGUAUUCGCCAUCGCGGUGAUGUGGAAUUGGGGCAGUUGUCUCGCGGGAACUCUCUACCUGGAUCCGAUGUUUGGGGUUCAAAAGACCUCGAAUCUGACCUACGGCACUGGCUUGGUCAACAACGGUGGAAGCUCCAUCGACUUGAAGCUCGACAUUUAUCAACCGACUGACAUUGGUACUCCCGUGCCCUCAAGUCUGCCCACGGUGAUGUACAUCCAUGGCGGAGGUUGGCAGGGGGGAAAUAAGAACUCAGUUCCUCAGUCAACCGGCUGGGUAUCGCGGGGCUACAACGUGGUCUCGAUCAAUUACCGGCUGUUAGGCGAUAACCCUCCGCUUACAACCGGCUUGGCAGACGACUUUGCAUUCUUGGCGUUCCUGGGGCCACCAGGCAUUAUUAGCGGUGUGAACGCUUCUCUUGAGGAUGCUCGCUUGGCUAUGGAGUGGAUGUAUGACAACGCUGCGACCUAUGGGAUCGACCCAAAUCGGAUCGGACUUGCUGGUAGUUCGGCAGGUGCCGUGAUGUCGCUUGCCCUGGGGCACGUAGGGCCUUCAGAAAACGUUCAGCCACGCGCGGUUAUUAGCAGCGUCGGCGCACUUUUCAACGAUCCUUCGCCUUACUCGUCCGGCGGUCCGCCUACAAUGCUGAUUGCCGGCGAGACGGACACGACGGUUCCGGCCUUCGUGGUUGAAUACACCAGCGAACUCAUGACAGACGCCAGUAUUUAUAACGAGUUGUACGUUCAGCCCAACACCGGACAUCAAACCAAUUGA